UGCGCUUUGCCCACGACGUUCUGUGGCACAAAUCACCAAAAUGCUGCUGCGGCUCUAAUCCUCCGACAGAACCAUUGGCUUGCUGUUUUCAUUUUUAUUCAAGGCUGCUAUGCAACGACGAAUCCACAAUGCCAUAAACUCUUCUCCACCAUCCUACGCCAAUACGCAGCUCUUUACAAAUCCCUUAACCCGCGGCCAGAAGAAUACGAAGCGAAGAUCUUGCGCAAAACUAGUGCAUGCAUGUUGUGUUAACAUGCCUGGAUCCUCAAUCAUCAUUGUAAAGAGAAAGUUUCGCAAGGCCUUGAUAUUCGGAAUGCGCUGCAUCAAAAGGUCGGCUCCUAAUCAUGUCGACAGACGAUGAUGAAGCCUCUGGGUGGUUUUUAUUCAGCCAGAGUCAGAUAUUUAAGAAUACCCAAUGGAAGCUUACCAAGUGCCGUCAUACUAGAGUGCUGAAUAACCUUUCCAUUUGUACGGCAUGUUGGGAGACACUUACCCAACGUCCUCAGAAGGGAGGAAGUCUCUUGGAUCUAUAUAUGAGCACAUGUAGCCAGCUCCCACCUCUUAGUUCCAGGAGAGUCAAGCCUUUGGGCCCUGACUAGACAUGCCUGUGAUUUGACGAGGCCUCACCAAGCACCGUUUCUCUCACAUUUUUACAAUCGCACGCUCGCCCACAAAGCAUUAGCCAACGCUCAAAAGCAAAGAUUUGAUGUGCCCCUGAAGAGUAAAGAAGCUGAAUUUUCUGUUAUGUUCAAGACUCGUCUUUUUCAACGUUGAAGUAAGGAAGACUGAUCUUGAACCAUUUUGCCAGAAUCUACAAGUGGCCCAUCACGUAGAAGACUCUAGCACACGAGGAGCAAGAGGAGCACGUCUUUCGUUGUCGAAAUGCAUACGGAGCCUUUACAUUGUAUCGCCAGUGGUCGGCGCUGUUUGAGCUCACGGAGGCGCGCGAUUAGUCAAUAUUUCUUUGGCUGAACGCCAUCUGGUUUGACGACGCAAAAAAAAAAAAAAAAAAAAAAC